CACCAAGUCUUCUCAGGACAGUUUAAAGGACGACCGUUAUAGAAGCCAGUUUCGAUUCGUAUCAUAGCCAACAGUCGCCAACAUGGAUCCCUACUCUGCCGAAGGCGAAUUGAUCAACAUCCACAACCAUUUCCACCAGGGCCAGUACCAGGAGGUCAUCGACUUCGACACCUCGUCCUUCUCCCCUGACAACGCCCUUCCCGUGCGCGUCCUCGUCCUCCGAGCCAGACUGGCCCUCGGUCAAGCUGAAGAUGUCCUCGCCGAUGUGAAGGGGGAGUCGGAUCCUGCUCUCGAAGCUCUGGGUGCCCUGGCUGAGCUCAGCCUGGGCAAGGUCGACUCUGCCGUCAAGACUGUCGAGAAGCUGGCUGCUUCAUCGGCCGACAACACAACCGUUCUUAUUGUUGGUGGGACAGUGCUCCAGGCUGCCGGAAAGUCUGAUGAGGCCCUUGCGCUUCUCACGCAACAUCAGGGAAGCCUUGACGCCGUCGCCCUAAUCGUCCAAAUCCACCUCCAACAAAACCGAACCGACCUCGCUCUUAAGGAAGUCUCUGCUGCGCGACGAUGGGCUCAGGAUAGUCUCUUGGUGAACCUGGCUGAGUCCUGGGUUGGAUUGAGAGUGGGCGGAGAAAAGUACCAACAGGCGUUCUACGUCUUUGAGGAGCUCGCGCAAGCUCCUUCAACCUCAUCAGUGCGAAGCCUCGUCUCGCAAGCAGUCUGCGAGCUCCACCUCGGCAGGACAGAAGAGGCCCAAGCCGCCCUGGACCAAGCUCUGGAGAAGGACGCCAACUCGGCCGAUGCCAUUGCCAACCUGCUUGUCCUGAAUGUGAUUUCUGGCAACGACUCCAAGGAGUUUACUGAGAAGCUCAAGGCCGCCGACGCCAACCACCAGUUCUUGGCCGACCUGGAGGAGAAGAGCGCACUGUUUGACAAGGCCGCUACAAAGUACAGCCCCAAGGUUUCGGCAUGAUUUGGCUCUAGGUGUAUGAAUUGAUAGAUUUUAAUGACGGGCGCAUAACUGGUAGAGGAACGGAAUUCCCUGAGCGACAACUGUUGAGAUCUUGUCUACGUUCUACUUGAGUUUGCCUUUGGAGCUCAGUCGGGCAUUGGUUUCCUCAAAGCAUCAAUACAUGGGUUUAGGCGACUGAAAAUAGACCACAUCUCUUGAUUCA